AUGGAUUUUUUAACAGUAGAAGAAAAAAUAGAAAUGAUUUUGAUUUAUCGAGAAGCAGGCAGGAAUCUUGAUGCUGUUAAUAUCUACGCUCAGCGUUUUCCGGAAAAAAUUCGAUCACGUAGUUCAUUUCACCGUACAGUCAAGCAGUUUACUACAAACUGGAGUGUUCGACCGAAAAAAAGACUUCGUCCAGCAACAGUCAUAGGUGGAAAUAAUGAAAUUAAUGAAAGUGGAUCUCUAAACGGAGAGGGUAGGGUGCGACGGUUGAGGAUUUUGAUUGUUUUUGUCCUUGUUAAGAGAUUAGUGCCCCGUGAUCCUGUCGCAGGAUUGAUGUGUGAACCGGCACACACGUCCUUCCUGCCCCCCUCCCCCUCCCCCUCCCCAUCCACCCUUUCGCUGGCAAAUCCGUUUUUACUUUGCUACACACUUCAACUUCAAGUCAAUUGUCGAUUUCGCCCCAGUUCGAGCACUUUAGAAGAUAUAUCUGUGGAUUUACACUUAAAGGAUCAAAACUAG